CCUAGUUCUAAUCCGCACGUUCAUUUCAUUACGACUACAGAAAGCGCUCAAUUCUGGAAGUUACACAUUCUACCGAGGAAGCCAGUGCGCUGUCAACUUUUCUCUGAGAAUCGAAUCGCGGAAUCGUCUCAUCUUUUUAGCAAACAGGGAAACUAUCUGAAGUUCUGAACUAUGGAUGUAAGUUCUCAGAUGGAAAGACCCAAAAAGCAGAAGUUGGGUGGAGGAGAAGAGAUGGUUGGACAGAGAAAGGGUUUAAGUGAUUUACCUGAUGUGGUUAUUGCAAAAAUCAUCUCUUCACUUCCAACUAAAGAGGCUAUCAGAACAAGCAUACUGUCUAAAAGAUGGGAAUACCUAUGGACAUCAAUUCCCAAUCUUGAAUUUUAUCCAGGGAAUGCUAAGAGAUCUCUCUUGGUGAAUGUUGUAGAUAGAGCACUUCUUUUACGUGGCCCUUCUGAUAUAAAACGGUUCCGUCUUAGGUUUCCAGUACUGGGUGAUGCAUCUCGUGUUCAUGCCUGGAUCUCUGCCAUAGUACGGCGCAAUGUUGAAGACUUAUCUAUAGAGCUGGAUAGCCACAAGGAACCAUUUUCAUUGCCUCAUUCUCUACUUACUUCUGCCACAUUGAAAGUGCUGAACCUGUAUCUCCCGUGUAGUUUCAAAGUUCCUUCUACUAUUUGUUUCUCAAGUCUAAGGGAAUUGUCUCUUUGCUCCGUGGUGUUUUCUGAUGACUACUCAACCCAGCAGCUGUUUUCUGGUUGCCCAGUCCUUGAAAAAUUAUCUUUUUCAGAGUGUAAUUGGGAGAAUAUCAAGUUUGUGAGUAUUUGUGCUCCUAAACUUCUGAGUUUGAGCAUCGAUGAAAGCGAGUUGCCAAUUUCCAGAGGCUCAAAUGUGUGUCAGAUUAUGGUGUUUGGAGCUAGUCUGGCAUAUUUUUAUUACUCAGGUCAGUUGCUAAAUGACUAUUGUUUGUGUAACUCAUCAGUACAUGAGGCUCAUAUUAGUAUUGAUGAUACAAAGGGCUCCAGACUUGAUAGUUACCUGUUGCAUAAGCUUCUUAGAGGGCUCUCUACUGUGAAGAGCCUAACUAUAUUUCAUCAGAACUUUGAGGUGGCUCUAACUGGUGCAUCAGAACUCCUUGCCCAGAUGCCCAUGUUCAAUGAUCUAACCACCUUGAUAUUCGACGGGAGUGUGAUAGAACUUGAUAGUAUGGUACUAUUGAGGAUACUCCAAAACUGUCCUUGUCUUAGGGAUCUGUCAUUUCAUGAGGGGGUUAGGCUGUGCUCAGAUGAUGCAAAAGAUGAUGGGAUGUUGGAUAUUCCACUGCCUCCAUGUUUUUCGACCAGUCUUAAAGAGAUUGCAGUCACUGAAUUUUGUGGAAACCAGAAUGAGCUUCGUGCAUUAAGGAUUUUGCUAAAGAAUGCAAUUGUCUUGGAGAAUAUGUUUGUAAGCUACCGCGGUACCCUAGAAGGAAAUACAGAGAAGAAAAGGGAUCUUAACAAACAGAUAUCAGAUCUCCCAAAAGGGUCACAAAGCUGUGAAAUUGAUUGUGAUUGAGCCCUUAGCAAGUUUUUGAUUUGUACGUCAGACUUCAACUUGCUUUAACAUGCCUCAGAACCUGCAGAUGUGCAAUCAUCUACUUUAUUAAUGUUGGGUUGAAAUUUAGUUUUGAUCUUGUAUCCUGCAGAGAGAAUGAGAGAUGAAUGUGCUAUAUUAAUUUUCAAGCUACAAUUUGUAUUAA